AUGCCCGACAGGGCCCAGGGCGGCCGGCUAGAGGUCUCGGGGCGCCGCACGCCCGACCGCGUCCCGGCGGCGCGCUCGGGGGGCGGCAAGCGCGGCGCCACGUUAGUCAGCUUCCGCAGCGGGCUCUCAGACCACGAGGCGGGCAGCUUCAAGUCGGGACUCAGCCGCAGCCUGACAGCCGAUGGCGCGGGCAGCCUGUCGCUGAGCCGCUCGCUGGGCGGCCGCGGCCGCACGACCAGCGUCGAGGGCGGCAGCGGCGCGGGCGCGGCCGCCUUCAGCGCGCUCGCCUCCGCCUCCGCCUCCAGCUGCGCGGCGCGGCCGCUGCAGGCCACCGCCAGCAUCCCCAAGUCAGCCCAGUUUGUGAAGAUCGAGGGUUUCGCCACGCGGGACAGCUCGCCCGCGGGGUCGGCGCCGCCCUCGCCUCAGCAGCCCCGUGUCCUCUCCUCCCUCCUCUCCCGUCAGCUCUCCACCGACCGCCUGCCCAUCCUGGGCUCCUCCGGCGGCAGCCUGUCCAGCAGCCUGGCAGCCAGCUGCGGCAGCGGGGCGAUGCUGGGGGGCAGCAUGCCCGUGGGGCUGGACGACCCUGUGUUGGGCCUGGCGGCGCGGCUGGAGGGCGUGGUGCGGGUGGGGCCCGUGCCGCGCCCCGCGCCCCUUGCCCGCACCCGCUCCUCCAUCCCGGACAACCUCCUCCAGCAUCUGCAGCACAGCUACGCCGUGUUCCGAGAGCCGGUGUGCGUGCGGGCCUUUGGCAUCGCCCGCGCCGCGCACGACGGCAAGUACCGCGCCAGCGGCGAGCCCGCGUUCAUGCACUGCGUGGAGGUGGCGCGCAUCCUGGCAGAGCUGGGCGCCGACGAGGGCACCGUGUCGGCCGCGCUCCUGCACGACGUUCUGGACAAGACACUGCUGGUGGAGGCGCAGCUGAGGCCCAUGCUGGGCGACGACGGCGUGGCGGAGCUGGUGAAGCAGGUGGCGCACCUGGGAGACAUUUCGUCCAACUACCGAGCCUGCCCCGCAACCUCCCCAGAGGGCCAGGCCCAGCUGUCCAGCCAGCUGGUGGGCAUGCUUGUGGCCAUGGGCUGCAACCACGCCCUGCUGGUCAAGCUGGCCGACCGGCUGCACGACAUGCGCACGCUGGGCGCGCUGCCCGCCGCCAAGCGCAACCGCCUCGCCCGCGAGACGGUGGAUGUGUGGGCCCCGCUGGCCAACCGCCUGGGCGUGUGGAGCCUCAAGGCGCAGCUGGAGGACCUGGCCUUCAAGCAGCUCUACCCGGGACAGUACGCCGAGCUGCGCGCGCGCCUGGAGCAGGUGCAGAGCGCCGACGUGCUGGUGGGGCUGAUGGACCGCAUGCGGGCGGAGAUGCAGCGCCAGGGCAUCAGCGACCUGUUUCAUCCAUCCUCUACUCCGGGCUUUGAUUGA